AUGGAUGAUGCAGGAGGGCACUGCCGCACAUCCAGUGUCCAGUGCGACGCAAUCACCAACGAAGCCGAAUGCGACAAUGUGAUGGACGGCGAAAACCAAAGGAUGUGCGAAAUGAGGCAGCUGUGCGAGGAGAGCUGCGCGGGAGCCGCAGUGGGGAAUGAACACGGGUAUUCAUACUCGAAAUGUGCCGCUGAGAUGUUGUGCGAUGAGGGUUGGAGCACGCCCAACGAGCGUUUGUGGGAAAUGUGCUCAAGUGACGAGAUUCCAGGUCUCAAUUUGUGCUCGGGGGAAGAUGACGUCACCAACGGCUGCACGCUGUGCAAGCUGAUGCUCUCUACAAAGAGAGUAACGCCUCGCGGCACAGAAUGUCAGAAGCUGCUGUCUUCAGCCGACCAGGAUCCGGAGUCUUCAGAGUUCAUUGCGUGCAAGGAAGAGAAGCACGUGCACGCCAAACAGUGCAUGGAAAACGCCAGAGACCUGGCCACGAUAUCGCUCAUAUGCCAGGCCAUGCAGAAGCCCGUGCUGGAAGUCUUGCUGUACUUUCCCUCCAAGGAUGCGCGCGGAAUAUGUGAAGAAGCAGGUGAUGUCACCCAAAGCACCGCAGCCGCCCCCAACGCGCAAUCGCUAGCAUGGGCCCCGGAGGGCGUGCAAAUAGAUACGUCAUCCCUUCCGGUGGACUCCCCUGCGUGGUUUGAUUUGAAGAGCGCCGUCACGGACUUGUGCGUGGAAGUCGUGGAUGUUGGCCAAAAUCUUCGCGACAGCGGCCUCCUGGACUUCGAUGAGAGUUACGUUCGGGAGGCGUGCUUCUUGGUCAACAUGCUGAGCUUGGAGAGAGAACGAGGAAUAUUUGGGAGAGUAGCAACUGCGUGGCGGCUGGACAGCAAAAUAGAUCACGUAAGAUACUGA